CAAUGUUUUCCAGGCCGUAUAAAAGUGCCGGCGUCUCUGUGCGGAAACUCCGAGAGGAGCAGAGGUCUGUAGAGGUCUGUAGAGGUAGAGACGCAGGCUUCGGAUCUUUUAGAAUUCUGCUGGAAGUCUCCAAGUCAAGGUAAGUUAUACCUUCUGUUUAAGCUAUUUCCAAUGUCCUAUUCUGUCUUUGGCUACAAACUGGUGUUUUCGAAUGCCUUUAACUAUUUAUUUUAGAGGAGAAAGAACUAGUUUUUUCCUGUGCCAGGGAGCUUUCUUCACCUUUAACUAUAACUUUGCCAUUUAAAUUUUUACAUAUGAACCUCAGGUCACUCUUUGCAUGAACUUGUAUUUUUAUGUGUUUUCAACUACAAUGGAUUUGCUGUUUUAAAAUGGUUUCUUUUUAUUUUCCAACAUUUCUUAAAAGAUUUCUGGGUUUUCGGCCGGGCGCCAUGGUUCGCGCCUGCGCUUUGGGAGGCUGAGGUGGGUGGAUCACGAGGUCAAGAGACCAGCCUGUCCAACAUGGUGAAACCCCGUCUCUACUAAAAAUACAAAACUUAGCCGGACGUGGUGGCACAUGCUUGUAAUCCCAGCUACUCAGGAGACCGAGGCAGGAGAAUUGCUUGAACCCGAGAGGCAGAGGUUGCAGUGAGCCGAGAUGGAGCCACUGCACCCCCAGCCUGGGCGACAGAGCAAGACUCCGUCUCAAAAAAAAAAAAAAAAAGACUUCGCUUCGGGUUUUCACUUAAAUAUACUUGACCACUUUUAGUAGUUGUGUCAUAAUUAGCUGAAUCAUUUUAUUAUUGUUAGAUAAUUCGAUUGUUCCUGAUCAUUUGGGAUGGUAGUUAACACUGAAAUGAACAACUUGUGAAUAAGUGUAGCAUUUUUUUUCUUUUGUAAAAUUGUUCUCUUAGAUACAUUCCAAGGUGGGUUAGACAAUUAGAUUUCCAGCACCAUGUUAAAUUUUCCAUUAAAUUGAAAAAGAUAACAGAAUUUAAGAAAGAGGUAAUCUCUGGUUGUCCGCCAGCCAGGCACCAUGAGAUUGGAAUGCUGAUCAGGACUUGGAAGACCAAGUUUUAUGUGGGCAGAUACCCUGUUUAUUACACACGUUUGUGUUUCCAGAGUCCAGUUGAGGCCAAGAGCACAGAAGGGGCUCAAUAAGUAUUUGUUGGAAAGAGAUUAGAGAAUGUGUUCUGGGAUGUAGGACAGUUCUAGUAACUCAGUCUUAGGCUGGCCUCAGCGGUGUUCCUCACUUCCUCUCUCUGGUAAUGUUGAUGCUGCUCCUCUUCCUGUCCCUCAUUCUGUUACUACUGUCACCACUGAAUGUGUGAUUUGUGGGUUCUUGGUAAGAAGUUCUGCUAGUUACUGCUCAGUGCAGGCUCUUAUUGGAGAACAGUCCUCUGUUCGCAUCAUCUCAAAGGUGCUUUCCAGCUUUGCGAGGCUGUCUUUGGGUCAUGGGUCUAGCCUGGCCCAAUAUGCUGUGCCCAGCAUGUCAGAGACAGCUCACUCAAAGAAUGACAGCCGUGGUGGGAAGUCCUCUGGGAGCACCAGAGGCUGUCAAGCUUUGGGAGCAGUUGGGGUAACUGGAGGGCAUCUUCCUUGUCUGGAACAUCUUUUUGGUUUGUAUUCAGGCAUGAUUAUUUUGGAGAAGUUGAUGACUAUUAUAUUGUUAUUCACAUUAAUUCAAGCCUUAAUUAGUUUUCUUAGAGUGCUUUAAAGCAUUUCAUCUAAUAACACUUUGUCCUUAAACUUGAUUCUUUCAUGGGCUUCUCAUUUUGCAGUGGAUUUUGCUGGCUUUACUCACAUGUGGUAAUUUUCCUGGAAAUUCUGAGGAUUCCUUAGAGUCACUUUUCUGUGAUGAUUAAUGUAGAGUUGGCUUUAUUUUCAUUAUUGAAUUUAGACAUGAACAUUCUUUUUCCUGAACUGCAGAGGAUCUACAAAGAAAUACUGAGUGGAGACUAUACUGAGAUUCUAUUAAAGACCCACUUGAAUUCAGCCCCCAUUAGGAGAAACUUUGGCCAGAGCAGCCAACACAUCACCUGGAAGUCUUCAGACUAGACUAUUGAAGAGUGGAUUGUGUACUGAGGGCUCCCAAGUGCUUCGAGAAGCCAAUAAAGGAUCACUUCAGUUUACUUCACGGCUAAGGAGUAACCCUUAGGAACCAUGGCCAAACGCCUGCGAGCAGAGUCGUCCUGUCCAGUUUGCCUGAAUUUUUUCUCCUGUCCCAUUUCUCUCUCUUGUACACACGUGUUCUGCUUUGAUUGCAUCCAGAAGUGGCUACUAGAAAACCAUGAUUUUAGAGCGAUGUGCCCCUUGUGUCGAGACGUGGUGAAGGUACCUGCUUUGGAAGAAUGGCAAGUGAGCGUCCUAACACUUAUGAUCGAGCAGCACAAUAACCGACUUGAGCAAAGUCUGCACGUGAGGGAGGAGCGCCGGCGUUUUCGGGAGGAUGUGACCCUGGAUGCAGCCACUGCCAGCUCCCUCCUUGUCUUCUCCAAUGAUCUAAGAAGCGCUCAGUGUGAGAAGAUCCACCACGAUCUGACAAACGAUCCCAGGCUGACCUGUGUCCUGGGUACUCCCUGCUUCUCCUCCGGCCAACAUUACUGGGAGGUUGAAGUGGGAGAGGUGAAGUCAUGGUCCCUGGGCAUCUGCAAGGAGUCGGCUGACAGAAAGAGCAAUGAUUUAUUCCCUGAGCAUGGCUUCUGGAUCAGCAUGAAGGCAGGAGCAAUCCAUGCUAACACCGACCUGGAGAGAAUUCCUGCAAGCCCUCGCCUUCACCGUGUGGGAAUUUUCCUGGAUGCUGACUUAGAAGAAAUCCAGUUUUUUGAUGUUGACAAUAAUGUUCUCAUGUAUAUACAUGAUGAUUUCUUCUCUUUGGAGCUUUUGCGUCCAUUCUUCUGUCUUGAGCUCUUGGGAGAAGGGGAGAGUGGCAACAUCCUGACCAUCUGCCCAUGAGAAAAUCCGCCCUUCCUAGAAGCUUUCUAAGAGGUGAAAGAGAAUUUUGGCCUGAGAAAGGUCAGCAUGAUUGAGGAAGAGAUAAUGUGCUAUAGUGCAAAGACUUGGUAAAUUUUUAAAGUAGAUUUUGUAGACUUUGUAGCAAAAACAAUUUUCGGAUUUUUGGGGUAAGUUUUGUGGAAUUUGUAGCUAGGUAACUGGGGUCUUUAGGGAUGUUAUUAAGUACUGUAAGCUUCAGUUUUGUAGUCUGUAGAUGCGGAUAAUUGUACCUCAGUCAAACAGCUGUGGUAAUUAGAGACAAUACUAUGCCUUUGUCUUAUAGUAAAUAACAAAUAGAGAAAUCUUAGAUUGUAAGUAAGCUAGAUAUUAGGUUUUGUGGAUAGACAAUAUCUUUUUCAUUAUUUCAAGCUGUUUUGUGUAAUUCCUGAUAAUGUCUGAGGAGGAAGAAAAAUUAAACAGCCAGUGUGAGUUAUUUUGUUGAUACAGCAUGAAAUUUCAGAGAGACAAACUGAUAUUGGGGAAGAACUAAGUUUUUCAUUUUUAUUUUCUUUGAAACACAGCCACGUAAGUUUUCUUGAAUGACAAAGAACUUUGACCAAAAUGCAUUGUUAAUGGUGAUUCAUAUUCUUAUGGGAAGUGUCAUUUACCCAUCUCAAUAAUUGGACUAUUGUGAUUUAUAAGAAUUCUUAUCAACCAUGUUAACUAACACAUAUUCAUCAAAAAUUGUUUUCAAGGUUGCUUUUGGAUUUUUUAUUUGUAGAAUUUAUUUUCUUGCAAAUAAAUUUAUAAAGCAUU